AUGUCGACGACAUUGCAAGAGAGAGCUGCGGCGGGGGCUGGUACCCGAACGUUCGCAGAGCUUGCGAAACGAAUAAACAUUCCUCUCACAGCAACAAGUCCGCCGGGACUCGUCGAGGCCGACACGGUUGACCCAUUCUCGCAAGCUGGAAAGUAUGCUCUGGGAUGGACAUACUUUUGCAUCAUCCUAUUAGUGCUGGUAGCGGUGACGAGGGGUUACCACUUCUGGACGGACAAGUUACGGCAAGCCAUGCACAAGACGGAAGUCGAGUCUCACAUAGCCAGCUACUCACCAGAUAUGGAUUAUGCGAUGGAGAACAUGGGCACAGGAGGAACAGUUGAUCAAUUCUUUCCGCGAGAGACCGAGAAGAGUAUUCUUACUCGAGGACAGUCGCAUUGGUCGUCAAUAGGAUUCGUCAACGAUACGCUGGCGUUAUUCAGAUGGAUUUUCUAUCGACCUGUUCCGGAGAUCAAGUGGAAGAAGAGGACUAUUCUCAGCUUCCCCUCACUUGCUGUCAUCGCCAUUCUCACCAUUGCGUUGGCAUUUGUGACCUUGUACUGCUUCUUGCCUCAACCGCUGUACUGGCAAAGCAUUCAAUAUGGAUCGCCACCAUUGGCCAUUCGAGCUGGAAUGAUUUCGAUUGCUAUGACUCCUUGGAUUGUGGCUACGAGCAUGAAGGCCAAUCUCAUCUCUAUGAUUACGGGUAUCGGACAUGAUCGACUUGGAGUCUUUCAUCGAUGGGGCGGAUAUCUGUGCUUGUUCCUGGCGCUGGUUCACAUGAUUCCAUUCUACAUUCAACCAGUCUGGGAUGAUGGCGGAAUGACGGUGUUCUACAAGCUCUUUCCACCUGGCAGCGGUAUCAUCUACGGAUCUGGCAUCGCCUGUUUCGUUCCACUGUGCUGGCUCUGUGUAGGAUCGCUGCCCUUGGUGCGAUCACUUGCUUACGAACUCUUCAUCAUGCUUCACAUCCCGGUCGCUGUUGUUUAUGUCGGUAUGCUGUUUUGGCAUUGCCAUAACUAUCUCACCUCCUGGAAUUACUUGUGGGCAACAGUCGCGAUCUGGGUUCUGUCCUAUUUCUUGAGAAUCUUCAACUUGAACUGGUUGAAGCCAUGGAGGAACGCCUGGCUCAUUGGAGACGAGGCUGCCGUUACCUUGAUGGCCGAAAACGCAAUCAAAGUCACAAUCCCGACUCAGAUGACAUGGAGGCCAGGGCAGUAUGUCUACCUUAGAAUGCCAGGCAUCUCCGUCUUCGAGAACCAUCCCUUCACAAUUUCGUCACUCUGCAGCGAAGAUUUCCCAUCGGAAUACGGCGACCUUUACAGAGAUUGCACUUUGGUAUUUCGACCAUUCGGAGGUUUCACCAAGAGAGUGCUCGAGACUGCAAUCGAGAAAGGGCCUUUCAAGACAUACCGCGCAUACCUCGAAGGACCUUAUGGUGGCAUGCAGCGAGAAUUGGCAGCUUUCGAAACUGUGAUCUUGUUUGCAGGAGGAAGUGGUAUCACUGCCAUCGUUUCCCAACUUUUAAAUCUUAUCAAGAGAAUGAGAGAUGGAAAGGCUGUGACGAAAAAGAUCGAAGUAGUCUGGGCUUUGAAGAGGCUAGAAGCCAUGGAUUGGUUCAGAGAAGAACUGAGGAUCUGCAGAGAAUAUGCGCCUCCUGAUACUGUCACGUGUCAAUUCUAUGUCACAGCAUCGAAGAGACAGACGAAGAUGGGAAUGAGUGAAAGGGCACCGAGACCCAUCAGCAACAUUUUCCAUGACAAGCUAGAUGGCUUUGUGGCAGGCAUUGCCUCGAAACGCAACUCGGCUUUCAUCCGGGACGAGGCACAAGGAGAUGAAGAUCAGGAGAGGGAACUCAGGGAAGAGGACCAAGAUGCCAUCACAUCAUUGCCUCGACCAAAGCAUUUGCAACCCAGAGUCCUCCCUCCUCCACCUCCACAAACAUCGUUCCCUCCACCACCAACAAAAGCUCACCGAGAAAACUCACUCAAGAAGCUCGAGGGACGAGAUACGAAGCAAACUCCAACUUCGGCAGAUCACGAAGCAACUCACCGCUUUCUCUCACCUAUUACUUCAAUCUCCAAGAAGAGAGAAUCAGGCAGAGAAUUCCAUUUUCCACCACCCUCACCACGCCACGAUGCACCUCAUUUCCAAUUCGCCCCUCCCUCACCUCGACACUCCUACAACCCUCAAAACUGGCCACCACCACCUCCCGAACCUGCGCACCUCCACACGCGCCAAAAGUCCGCCGACCUCCAGAUCACCAUCCCGACCACCACCGCAACCAACACCUUCGACUUCGGCUUCCCGUCCACACCCACCGAGUUCCAGAAGAACCUCAUGCGCUUCGCCUUCGUGGGCGCCAAGAAGAAAGAAGGUUGGUCCACGGAGUACGGACGUCCUGAUCUGGGCUACAUGCUGAAGGAGAUGGCGACGGGUGGAGCGGACGGCAAGGGAAUCUUUGGGAGAAGGACGUGUGUGUUUGUGUGUGGGCCGCCGAGUAUGCGGGUCGAUGUUGCGAAUACGGUGGCGAGGCUGCAGGCGGAUAUUUGGGGCGAUGAGAGUAAGGAUGAGAUUUUCUUGCAUACGGAGAAUUAUGCUAUUUAG